AUGAUAUUGAUCACUCCAAAUUCCAACAUUACAGUUCCCAAAUUUCGUUGUUUUUUUUUCGAAGCGCUCAGAAAAACAAUAUUAUUUUCUUGGGGAGGUCCAGAAGAAGAAACUCACGAAGAGGAAAAGGAAAGAAACGAUGCGGAGCAUAAUGGACAUUGCUUAUUCGGUCACUCCUCUGGCGUGCUGUCGUCUCGCAGGCGAUUAGGCUGA